CCGAAGAGCGCUUGGCGCCAUUUUGAAGCGGAGAGGAGGAGGCACGGCGGGGCCGGCUGCGGAAGGGGAGGGGGGAGGAGGCGAUUGGAUGCGGCGGCGGCGGCGGAUCCUGGAGAGCCGCGGAGCGAGAGGAGGCUCGAGGCGGACGCCCGGAGGGGUAAAAAUAUUUUCGUCAUGGCUCAUUCAAAGACAAGGACCAAUGAUGGAAAAAUUACUUACCCUCCUGGUGUCAAGGAAAUCUCAGAUAAAAUAUCUAAAGAGGAGAUGGUGAGACGGUUAAAGAUGGUUGUGAAAACUUUCAUGGAUAUGGACCAGGACUCUGAAGAAGAAAAGGAGCUUUAUUUAAACCUAGCUUUACAUCUUGCUUCAGAUUUUUUCCUCAAGCAUCCUGAUAAAGAUGUUCGCUUACUGGUAGCCUGCUGCCUUGCUGAUAUUUUCAGGAUUUAUGCUCCUGAAGCUCCUUACACAUCCCCUGAUAAACUAAAGGAUAUAUUUAUGUUUAUAACAAGGCAGUUGAAGGGGCUGGAGGAUACAAAGAGCCCACAAUUCAAUAGGUAUUUUUAUUUACUUGAGAACAUUGCUUGGGUCAAGUCAUAUAACAUAUGCUUUGAAUUGGAAGAUAGCAAUGAAAUUUUUACGCAAUUAUACAGAACAUUAUUUUCAGUUAUAAACAAUGGCCACAAUCAGAAAGUUCAUAUGCACAUGGUAGACCUCAUGAGUUCUAUUAUUUGUGAAGGUGAUACUGUAUCUCAGGAGCUUUUAGAUACAGUUUUAGUAAACCUGGUACCUGCCCAUAAGAAUUUAAACAAGCAAGCAUAUGAUUUGGCAAAGGCCUUACUGAAGAGGACAGCUCAAGCUAUUGAACCAUAUAUCACCAAUUUUUUUAAUCAGGUUCUGAUGCUUGGGAAAACAUCUAUCAGCGAUUUAUCAGAGCAUGUCUUUGACUUAAUUUUGGAGCUCUACAAUAUUGAUAGUCAUUUGCUGCUCUCAGUUUUACCCCAGCUUGAAUUUAAAUUAAAGAGCAAUGAUAAUGAGGAACGCCUGCAAGUUGUUAAACUACUGGCAAAAAUGUUUGGGGCAAAGGACUCAGAAUUGGCUUCUCAAAACAAACCACUUUGGCAAUGUUACUUGGGCAGGUUUAAUGAUAUCCAUGUACCAAUCCGCCUGGAAUGUGUGAAAUUUGCCAGCCAUUGUCUCAUGAACCAUCCUGAUUUAGCAAAGGACUUAACAGAAUAUCUUAAAGUGAGGUCACAUGACCCUGAGGAAGCUAUUAGACAUGAUGUUAUUGUGUCUAUAGUUACAGCUGCUAAAAAGGAUAUUCUUCUGGUCAAUGAUCACUUACUGAAUUUUGUGAGAGAGAGAACGUUAGACAAACGGUGGAGAGUGCGCAAAGAAGCCAUGAUGGGACUUGCCCAAAUUUAUAAGAAAUAUGCGUUACAGUCAGCAGCUGGAAAAGAUGCUGCAAAACAGAUUUCAUGGAUCAAAGACAAAUUGCUACAUAUAUAUUAUCAAAAUAGUAUUGAUGAUCGAUUGCUUGUUGAACGGAUCUUCGCUCAGUACAUGGUUCCCCACAAUUUGGAAACUACAGAACGGAUGAAGUGUUUAUAUUACUUAUAUGCCACACUGGAUUUAAAUGCUGUGAAAGCAUUGAAUGAAAUGUGGAAAUGUCAAAAUCUGCUCCGACAUCAAGUAAAGGAUUUGCUUGAUUUAAUUAAGCAACCCAAAACAGAUGCCAGUGUCAAGGCCAUAUUUUCAAAAGUGAUGGUUAUUACAAGAAAUUUGCCCGAUCCUGGUAAGGCUCAGGAUUUCAUGAAGAAGUUCACACAGGUGUUAGAAGAUGAUGAGAAAAUAAGAAAACAGUUAGAAGUACUUGUCAGUCCAACAUGCUCCUGCAAGCAGGCUGAAGGUUGUGUGCGUGAAAUAACUAAGAAGUUGGGCAACCCCAAACAGCCUACAAAUCCUUUCCUGGAAAUGAUCAAGUUUCUCUUGGAGAGGAUAGCACCUGUGCACAUAGAUACCGAAUCUAUCAGUGCUCUUAUUAAGCAAGUUAACAAAUCAAUAGAUGGAACAGCAGAUGAUGAAGAUGAGGGUGUUCCAACUGAUCAAGCCAUCAGGGCAGGUCUUGAACUGCUUAAGGUACUUUCAUUUACGCAUCCCAUCUCGUUUCAUUCUGCUGAAACAUUUGAAUCUCUCCUGGCUUGUCUGAAAAUGGACGAUGAAAAAGUAGCAGAAGCUGCACUCCAAAUUUUUAAAAACACAGGAAGCAAAAUUGAAGAGGAUUUCCCACAUAUCAGAUCGAGAACUACGAGAGCAAGGUCGAAAGGUGGACACUUAGAACACUCAAGGGCAUUUUAAAACAUAUGCUGCUUUAAUACGGAACUGAAGUACUUAAAAUCAUUUGAUUUAUAUGCUGAAUAUAUUUAAAAUUCUCUCAUGAGGAGAAUUAACUCAUCUGAUAUUGAAUACCUGCUGUGUGCACACACUGUUCUCGAUGAAGUAACUCAUAGUAUAUGUCUUCCAAGAGAUAAAAUAUGUAUGCAGAUUUUAUGUUUUAAAUUAUUAAAUUGGGUGAGUUGAUUUUGAGGAAAAAUGGUAGAGUUAAAUGAAUGUUUAUUAAAUUAUCUUCCAUUGAAACCAACAAAAUAAAUUAAAAGAAUCAAAAGAAAAAUGUAUCUAAGUAGAAGCUGCAUCAAACUGGGCAUAAUUGGUGCUAGGUAAGCCAUUUAGACUGAAUUAAAGGUGAGAAUAUUGGCAAUUGAUACACAUAUCCCUGAAUCAGGUGUAUAAAGACAUGUAUAGUAAUUUUUCUAUCAUUUAUUAAUUUUGCGGGAGGAGACUGAGGUAUGGGCAGGCUUUGAGAGAAAUAGGGGAAGCCUAAUUUCAGCUGUGGUAAAACUAAAGGAAAGACAUUGUGUCAUAUCAUUUUUCUUUGGGUUGAUCUAUUUUCCUUCACAGGAGGAGCAAAGCUUAGAGGUGAGAUAAGGCUUAGAUAGAAUUGUGAAGCAAAUACCUUACUAUCAACUUUACAAGAACAGAAAAAAUCAUGUGCUCAUCCAAUCAGCAGAAAUGAUAGUGAGCUGUGUGCUCCAUCCUGACUCAUCCUGUCUCUCAGGACUUCAGCUCACUCUAAAGUAGGCACAUGUGCCCAAACAUCUUCAAGCAUAUGAGAGAGUCAUAGUCGAGGUGGGACUGGUUGUCAUCAUUGGAAAAGGUUUAGUAGACUUGUAGAGAAAUUUAGUCCCAACUCCCUCUGCUGUGCUGAUUAUAAUGAAAGCAAGUAUAGCCUGAGUUGGGAGCUUUGAGGUUAAUUAUUUAAAAGAAGUGUCCAACAUUCAGUCGUCAGGGAAACACUAUCUGCAUUUUUGUUUAAAUGAUGGAGCCAUUAAAAAUUUCUCUAAUUAAAAAAUAAAUUAACAAACAUGAAACCUAUGCAAAUAUUUUAGUAUUCAAAAGAUAGCUGAUGAGCACUCUGUGGAAGAAUUGAAUUUUUCUAGGAAAACAGGAAACUUAAGACAGUUCUAAAUUGCUAAAAAGGUUAAACAGUAAAUGACAUCUGAAAAAGAAAAAAUAACGAUAUAUAAACAGGGAUAUGGCAGAGCUAAGGAUAUAAAGGAGAGUAGAAACAUUUGUAUUACAGAAUAUAAUUUAUUACAAGCUACAAGGAGCUAAACAAUAUAGAAAAUGCAAUCAGUAAGGUAGAGAUUGAACUUGAAGAAAUUGCAGAGAAUGCAGAGUUAAUAGGCAAAGAAAUGAAGGCAGUUGAAGAGAUUCAAUUGCAGAUAGUAAAAAGCUAUAAUUGGAUUCUGUGGAGAAGACAAUAGAAUAAUGGGAGUGGAAAAUAUUUAAAAAAAUAAUAGUAAACUUUAGAUGAAUGAAAUGAAAACGUGAAUCUGGAGAUCAGGAGGACUUAUGUUUUAGGAAAGUAUCCUGAUGGAAUUCACUGAAUUUUCAGGGAUUACAGAAAUGAUUUCAUGAACAUGAAGGGGGAAAAAAAUAAAGGAAGUAGGUUGUGUACAACAGAAAAGUAAGGAGGCCGACUUACUUUUCAACCAUGUAAGAUUUUCGAAGUUUAUGAUUCAACAGCUAGAGAGUUCUGAUAGAUAAAAAGGAUGUAACAAGAAUUUCCUAACCAGCCAAGUUGUGUGUAAGGGCUAGUGAAGGAUAGUCUUUACAUAAAGGAUUUAGGAAAUGUAUUAUCCCUUGUUUAUUAUGAAGUCACUUUAUCUACCAAGUUGUAUGCUUUUUCCCUUUGCAUUUGGUUUUUAUUUAUGCUCCUAAAUUCAACUUUAUUUUCUUGUUGUUUGCAUGUCACUGGUUUGUCUUUUCUUACCAUUUUAUUCUCAGUAUUUAAGUUUUAGAUGGUACUAUAUCUGUGUUCUACAUAUUUGAAAACCUGGGUUUUUUUUUUAAAAGAUGAUAAAAAUAAGCAAAAUUGGCUCAAGAAGGAAGAAAAAAAAACCUAAUAGGCUAUAAAUUAUAUAAAAGAAGUUGAGAAAAUGACCCUUUAAUGAAGUAAAAGUUACGUGUUAAAGGAAAUACUUCAAAUCUACAAAAAUCCAGGAAUUCUAAUUCUUUUUAAUUGUUCUGAGUAUAGGAGGAAAAAAAGCAUCCAGUUUACUUGUAAAACCAAGAUAGCUACCAGGAACGCUAAAACCUGAUAAAAGAUCCCCUCCAGAGAAAAUGAGGACAAAUUUUAUUAAUACUGAUGCAAAAAUUAUAAAUAAAAUAUUAGCAAAGAGAGUUUAGUACAGUAAAACAGUAAUAUACUGUCACCAAAUAUAGUUAAUUUCAGGGCUACGAAGAAGGGUUAAUUAGUAAGCCUAAUGUUUGGUUUACAAUUCAUUACAUGAGUGAGUAAAAGGGAAAGGACACACAAUAGAUCAUUUUGAUAGAUGCUAAAAGUGCUUCUGAAAAAAAAAAAUCAGUGUAUGUGUAAUUAAGCCCAUUAAAAUAGGAUUAAAUGACUUCAUAACAUAAUAAAUAUCUCUCAAGCCAAUAGGCACCAUCAUGUAGUAAAAUACUAGAAGAAUUCCCAGGAAAAUCUGGACCCAGAGGAGAAAAUAUACUUCCUCUGCCAGGAUUUAACAUUAUUUUGGAAGCAUGAGCCAAUACAAUUACAAAAAUAAAAGGUACAUGUGCUGGAAAGGAGGAAGCAAAGUUGUGUGAACUGGAAAAUCCAAGAGAUUCAACUUAAAAACUACUAAAAUCAAGAUAGACCAAAAUAAGUGUGUAAAAAUUCAAAGCUUUCCUUACAUACCAUUAAUAAUCAUUUAGAAAAAAUUGUAGGAGUAAAAACCAGGAGACCCAGAAGUAGACAAGGAAUUUGUAACCCUGUAAUUGCAAAUGGAGGAGUAUAAUAAUAUUUAACAAAGUAAAUUAAUCAGGAAAGUUAGAUUAUCCAGUGAAUAACUAGCAAGCUGUUUUGAAAAGAAAAAUUAACAGACUGCUUAUCUCAGUUUUUACAUAUAUUCCAGAUGAGCUAAAUAUAAGUUCUCUAUCUAAAAUUUUAAAUAUUUAAAAGGAAUUAAUGAAAGAAUUAGUAACUAGUACAUUUCUUUAACUUCUUUUUUUGUGGGGGAAGGGACACUAGUGCCAAGUCAUAAAUGAAAUAUUGAUGGCAGGGAUUUAAAAAAUCCAUUUGUUGAAAAAAUAUUUAUAGAGCUGUACUGUAUGUAAGAUACUGAGGAUGUUGAAAUGAACAAGACAAGUCUCUGUCCUUACAUUUUAGUGAGGGGAAAUAGUGUUUAGACAAAAGCAAAAAUCAUGAAGUUGGAAACAAAAAUGUUAUGCUGGGAGACUAUUCUCAAUAAAUAUGAUUUCAGUAUUCAUUUGAUAUUAAUAUAUAUAAAAAAUCUGUAACAAUGGACCCUGGAAUACUAGCAAAAGGAUUGAACAGAAUAUUCACAAACAGCCCCCCAAAUCAAGAAAAGACAUGGAUGCCUGUUGAUAGUACUCUAGGAAAAUACAAAUAAAAAUAUUCAUGUGCCAUGAGCAGUGGGAGCUAGCAUUCCAAAGGUCCUCUCCUGGAGUACGAAUCGAUGCAGCUUUGCUGGGAUAGUAAUAUGAUAAUACAGUUUAAAAUGUGGAUCGUCUUCAGCACUGCAGUUUCUCACUCACAGAAACUUAACCUGGAGAUAAUUAGAAAAGAUGUCUAACAACUAUAUGGUUCAGGGAUCAAGCAGAGAAACAGAAACCAUACUAGAUAUUCUAAACAUAAAUUAAUCAAUCCAGGUGUUUGAAGGAUGAAAGGGCAACAAAGGUGCUUUGGUAACCCGGAGAUUAUGAAUUACUGGAAACAGCUAUAACCCUUUGGGCUGGUGGAACAACUGGGAAGAUGUGCUAAGAACUGCUCAACCUGGGAAAGAGGCCCGUCUGCCUCAGCCACCUGUCGAAGAGGGGGUGGGCUGGCUGUUGGCGCGAGGCGGUGAAGCUCGGGAAUAGAGUACCUGGAGCCACUCUACUGUCACUUACAAAAAGAACCUCACAGGAAGCCAGGUCUUGAGGGAGUCCAGAAAAUGUAAUUUGAGAUUUACAGCUCCAGCAUCUCGGAGCAGGUUAUAGAAUAGAUUUAAAGCUCAGAGACAGUAGGUGAAUAACUAGCAGAGGAAUGUUCAUGGUUUUGUUGUUAAGGUCUAAAAAAAUAAAAAUAAAAAGACCGUCUAAACACUCAUGUAGAAUGGUUAGAUUAGUUGUGGUAUAAGCUACCUACUGAAGUGCUCUUUAAAAGUGACCAUUAAAAAGACUAGUGUUUAGCAAUACUUGACGUAGGAGAUUGUCAUCCACAUUGUUGAGCGAAGAAGUGUUUCUAAAUAUUAUGUUAUACCCUCAUCUGUUUGAGAUACACACACACAAAUACGCAUGUAUAGACGAAUCUUAGAAGUAUGUUCACCAUAAUGUUAAUUGUUUCAGAGUAGUGGAAUUUUGAGUUUUUUCUUGAGUGUUUUUAAUAAAUAUAUUUUUUCAGCUUUGUAUUUUCUGCAUGUGUAUGGUUAUUACAGGGGAAAAAACGAAUAUGAAAGAAAAUCAAGUUAAUGAGGGAAUAAAUGAUUCUUCUUAAUAGAAACUUACUUAAACAAAAAGUCAGUAGCUGCUUCAUUUACAUCUCACUAAUAUCUGAGACUGCUUUCUACCUCAAAUUCUUGAAAUUGUUAUUUUUUCUUCUUUGUUUAUUGUUUUUGGCUUAUAUCCAUUUUCUGUCUAAAUGAAUAUGUAAAAAGCAUUUGGAUGAGCUUAAAAUUUCUCAUGCUAUUUUAAGAAAUUCCAACCAAAGUUGCUUUUUACUUGUGUAUAACCUGUAAUUUUUUCUCUUGUGUACUAAAAAAAGAUACUAUGGAUAUUUGUAGUGUAAAGUCUGAUUUAUGAGAGGAUAGAUCUUAUCUGGGGAGGUUAGUUAUGUAAGUAACCAGAAAUAAUUUUUCAUUUCACAAAGAAGCCACAAACCAUAGGCUGAAAGGAUAGCAUUUUGGUGAGACUCUUAAUUGCUAUUUUUAUACAUUUUAUUAUUGAAAAUGUCAAACAUGUAUAGAAGUGCAUAGGAUAUUAUAAUGAACUCCCAUGUGUCCACCAACCAGCUUAUAUAUGAAUAACUUAUAGUUAGUUGUGUUUACAGUUCUACCUAUUCCUCCUUUUGCCCUUGUAUUUGAAAGCAAAUCUCAGACUCUUAUAUCAUUUCAUCUAUACAUCUAAAUAUCUCUACAAGAUAAGAACUCUUAAAAAAUAAUCAUAACACCUUUAUCAUAGACACAGUUAACAAUAAUUGAUUAAUGUUAAUAAUAUCCACUAAAUUUUCUCAAAAAUGUAGUAAUUUUUUUGGAACACCUUUUUUUUUUUUUUUUUUUUGGAGUCAGGAUCCAAGUAAGUUUUCCACAUUAUUACUGGUUUGUGUAUCUGGGUCCCGUGUCUCUUUUAGGCUCCUCCUCCAGUUCUCUUUCUCUCAUUGUGUUUGAAAAGAAACCAGGUUGUUUCUCCUGCAGAGUUUAAUGUAGACUGUUUUGCUAAUUGUAUGCCUUCGGCAUAUUUCAGUGGGUUCCUGUGAAGUGAUAGUGAAUCCAGAAGCCUGAUUGGAUUCUGUUUCAACUUUGUUGUUAGAGGGUCACUUUAUAGCUGAUGGUACGCUCCUCUAUCAGGAGGCACAUAUUGUUUCUCUUUUUAUGAUCUUAGCAGCUGAUGACCUAAUCAGUGGUGAUGUUGUUUUUCUUUCAUCACUUGUUAGCUGAAUAUAAAGAGGGACUUUACAUCUUUUCUUUGAUUCCCCAGUAUUCCAUUUAUUCAGGAAAGGGAGGUUAAAUGUUCAUGUUAUUGAAGAGUGUUCAGAAUAAAGAGUGAGUUUACUAGUAUCUUACAGUUGCGAUCAAUUAACUGUUGUUGUCUUUCUAAAAUACACUUAUCAACUUGUGGAUUUACAGGGAUUUGUGUUUCUGUCAGUCGGCAGUGAUCACUCUCAUUGGUGUACAGAUUGUCCCUUCUGUACCGGGAGCAGAUUCCAGUUGACCGCUCAGUCCUUUUGAACAAGUCUGCUAAUCUUUGUUAAUUUCUUUGCAUCUGGCUUGAAAAAGUGUUCCAGGCCCAUCUUGUACAUGUCCUGCCCCAGACUUGGAAUCAGCCAUUUCUUUAAGGAGCCCCUCUUCCUUUUAAUGGGAAUGGUUUUAGGAAAUCAGAAUGUGAGUCCUGUGAGUACUAAUUGUCAAUGUGUGGGUCAUUUUUCUAGGGUAAUUGAGUAGACACAGCUGAAAAAAAAGA